GGACUCAGUAUGUGACAGGCUGUAGGCAGCAGGUGAAUUUGCACUGGAGGAGGAGGGGGCAAGAAUAGCACCGGUGUGGGCGUACAGGCGGCCACCGAACCGUUAUGCUGCAUACUGGCGUAUUUUCAGUAAGGUCAACAAACAUGAUAAAUGUCCAUGUAUAUAUGAGGCGGUGCAUGUGGCUGAUAUGAGGUUUGGUAUUCCAUGCAGCAGCCUCCCACGCGCCGCUACCGCCCACGCCAGGAUCUGCGUCACGCAGGCGCGUGGGAGUGAGAGUGAGAGAGCAAUGUAGCAAGCGCGGAAUAUCCCAAUUCUGGCAGUAGGGGAGAGAGCGGAAACCAACUAGUUUGAGAGUCCCUCCGUAGUUCAAACUACAGAGUGUGUGAGAGUUAAUUCAGUAACAGAGAGCCGAAGGACGCGCAGCUUACCCGCAGAACGCGCGUAACCGGACGCCAGGUGAAGCGUCGCGUAACUGAACGGACCAUCAUAAUUCAGAACUUUAAUAAUCAUACAACCAGCCGCCGCUUUUGGAAGAGUUUUGGUGGAAAAAGACAAAGAAAGAAAACAAAAAAGGUAUGGCAGCGACUUUACCCAGAACCCUUGGGGAGUUGCAGCUCUACCGCAUCCUUCAGAGGGCCAACCUGCUGUGCUACUACGACGCCUUCAUCCAGCAGGGUGGCGACGAUGUUCAGCAGCUCUGCGAGGCCGGCGAGGACGAGUUUCUCGAGAUCAUGGCGCUCGUAGGCAUGGCCAGCAAGCCACUGCAUGUCAGACGCCUACAGAAAGCUCUGCGCGAUUGGGUCACAAACCCUGCCCUGUUCAAUCAGCCCCUCACGUCUCUUCCCGUCUGCAGCAUUCCUGUCUACAAGCUGCCAGAAGGGUCACCCACAUUGUUGCCUGGUAAUGGCGCACGUGGAGACACUCAAGUCAAAGUGCCCAAGUGUUUGGCAGCUGCUUGCGUGGAUCCCGGAAAAGGAGAAUCAGGCAACGGGAACUCUUCGGCCACUGUUUCGCCCCUCCAGAGUGGAAGCGAGCCACGUUUUUGGGCCAGUCACGGCACAGAGAGUGAGCACAGCCUGUCCCCGGCAGAACUGGGCUCUCCGUCUUCCCCUCGAGACGGCCUAGAGGCACUGGACGCAGCUGCGGUUCAGUCCGUGGCAGAGUGCGUGGAAAGAAUCGCUCAGACUUUGCCCAAGAGCGACCCUGGAGAGGUUAAAGAACUGUUGAAGGGAAAUAAGAAGCUUGCCAAGAUGAUCAGCCACAUUUUUGAUAUGAGUGAUGAGGACCCACACAGGGAAGAGGAAAUCCGCAAGUAUAGUGCUAUAUAUGGCAGAUUCGACUCAAAAAGGAAGGAUGGGAAGCAUCUGACUCUGCAUGAGCUGACGGUGAAUGAGGCUGCAGCACAGCUUUGUAUGAAGGAGGUGGCAUUGCUGACUCGCAGGGAUGAGCUUUUCGGACUGGCCCGUCAGGUCUCCCGAGAGGUCACCUACAAAUACACCUACAGAACCAGCAAAUCUCGAUGCGGUGACAGAGAUGAGCCGUCACCCAAGAGAAUUAAAACUGAGGAGGGCUGUUUUGACCUCCAGGAGGCGCUGCAGGCCAUUCACAUGCGCCAGGAGACCCUUAAGGAGCAGCUAGCCCACGCCAGAUCUAAAGGAGAGGAGACGGUUGGACGGAACAUCCAGGUUCAGCUGGAGCGUCUGUUGGCCAAGCAGAUGGAGAUACUGCAUGACGCCGCGGCUCAGGACAGACUGCAGGCUCUAGAGUGGAGGGUUCCACCAGGGCCCUACAAACGCAGCACAGACAGGCAGAACAGCAACGGGCUCUCCGCUGACAAAAACGCUGACCAGCAGGGAGAGAGGCCGCUGAAUUUGAGGGUGACCAGCCAGAGGACGAGCGCAUCAGACGGAGACACGCCUCUCGGAAAGCAGCUGGCCAAUGAGUUGAAGAGGCAUCAUCACGCUAAUGCUGAGAACAAGACGUCAGCAGCCACAGAAAACGGAGGAGACGCAUCUUCACAUGCCCUCAACCUCUCUGAGAAGAAGACCAUCAAGUCAGAGCCCGAGGAUUCCAGAUAGCAGCCCCGAAUGCUUUCGUUUCAAACCUACAACAAUACACGUCGUCUGUCAGUGAAUACUAAAUAAGCACAACUACAGUAAAGCCUUAACCAAUGUUGCCUCAAAAAAGAGUUUUGUUUAGUUCAGUUUCUCGCCAUUUUUGUUUUUGCCAAAGCACCUAGAGCCCUUAUUUCCAUUCUCCUGAGUAGUCACUGACUGUACUUGUACUUGUUCAAUUCUCACUAGCUCUCAUCACUUGUUUUUAUGCUCUCCUAUCGGUGUGGACCACGAAGUCCGCUAUUUGUACAUACAUAGAAAAUGUCUGUUUGAAAAUGGUUAAAUGUUAUUUAAAUACAGUAUGUGUUUUAUGUAUAUAUGAAUGCAUGUAAAAUAUCACAGAAACGGAGGGAUGCAGUGUUUUUAAAGUUGUUAGUAAGCAGCUGUUGUUGUCGCCUAUUUACGUAAGCCUCUUGGAUUGUGUUUCUCUUUAAAGACCCCAUGCAAUCACUUUCAUUUCCUGUAUUGACUAUUUCCUAUUAUCAAAUUACAUCAAAUGGUUUGCCCCUUUUUUUAAAUAGCCAGUAGGCUUUAUUUACACCAUAAACAGUUAUUUGCUGCUUGCUAUUGCUAUUUGAUAGCUGGUGGUAUUGUUAGCAGAAGCAAUAUUAUCAUUCUAAAGAGCAUUUCUUUCGACAGAAAUAUUAGGGCUGCACGAUAUAUCAAAAUAAUAUUGAUAUUGCGACCUGGCUGAAUGCAGUAGUCAAAUCCUCAAAGCUGUGAUUAAUUAAAUAUAUGCACUGCGUGUUUCAGACUGAAGCUUGGCACUGUUUAUUUGCACAAGUAAAUGUUAAUUUUGACAAAAAUGAAGAAAUUAAGAUGUAAAUAUUAGCAUUGUAAUUUUACAGUAUUUUAAGGUAUUUUUAUUUUAUUAAAUACUUUUUAUUUUAUAGUACAUUAGUAUUAUUGCAACAUUUUUAAGAUUUUUAUUUAAUAAUAAUCACGAUAAAAAUCAUAUGAUUUUAUAGUCGUAUUAAAUGAGUCAAAAACAGUGGCAAUGUGGCCUUUUUUUUUUUAAAGUGAACUCUUCUCACUUUAUGGUUGCUGAAAGAUGUUUCAGUUUGUUUCUAGUAAAGACUACCCAGGUGCGAACAAAUGUUUUUCAGAAAUUGUUCAGUAAGUAAUCUAAGUAAGUUUUCAGCUUUUAAAACGAUUUUUAGUUUCUGUGCAGAUGCACUCUCCAGUCAAAGAAAAAUAAAAUAUCGCAAUGUCGUUUUUUUUUCUCCAUGAUCGUGCAGCCGUAAUCAGUAUUUUUGAUUGUUUAUCCCAGAAGAGAAAGUAAUGUGUGGCUUUUAAAUACGUAAAAUGAAUUUCGUCACUAGUACACUAUAGAUGACACAUAGGAACUAAAAACUCUAAUGUUGAUCUCAUGGGGUCUUUAAGGAAGUCAUCUUUUCCUCUGUCGGUUUCUGAUAGCAAUGCUAACAAAUCUGAAUUUAAAGGUCUCUACUAUGGUGCUAUGGCUGAAUUUAAUUGCGUAACAGAGGAAAACGGCGAUACACGUUGCUGUUUAAACACUGAAAUCUCGGAGCCAGACUUUUGGCCUCCUUGUCAUCUUGAAUGAAUAGCAAUGCCUGGUUUAUUACGAUACUAAGCACAACUAAUAUAUUUCAUCGUUCUCUAAAAUGCUAAUAUAGACAAGCAUGUCUCCCCUCCUGACCAACAGUCAUGUAAAUAGUUUAAAAACAUUCGCAACUGACUGGACUUGAAAACAAGGCGUCAUUACAGCACCGUUCCAGUCUUUAUCACAAUCACGUAAUGUAUUUGUAUUUCUGAAUAUUUAGUCGUAGAGCAAUACCGGGUAGCUGUUGUCACUUAACUCAGUGAACGUGUCUAGGUGUCCCGACCUCAGAGGACAUUCACUGUACAGUAUUUCUACUCUGUUUCGUAGUGUAGACAUAGUCUUAGAUUCAGCUAACAACGUGCAAAUGUAUGUGAAACUGAUAUGCACUAGUGUUUGAUUCUCGAAUUUGCAUCCUACUGCUCAACAUUUCUCGUGUUUCUCAAUGGUGAUACAUGUUUUUGUAGGACUUGUACCCGUGAAAUCAUCAAGUCACACUCUUUAUGUAGUUUUAGAGUAUCAUGUGAGGUGAAGUAGGCACAAGAUAAUCAGGUUUUCCAGUUACAUGUCUGUAAUGUACCGGUCAAGCUGUUAUAUAAUCCGUAUUUGUGUCAAUGACAAAUACCUCUCUAUAUCGGUACAAGGAGGCCGAUUUUUAACGUCCUGAUCAUACACUUCAGUAUUUCGAGGGAAUAUGUGGAAAUAUUGUGUGCUUUUAUUUUUUUAGGAUUAUUUUUAGAGGCUCAAGAGGUCUCAAGUAUGCAAAAUCUUAAUUUAAGUGCCAUUUUAAACACAUUUUUGAGAGUGUGCGAUAAGUUGGUGGGUUACGAGUUGUCCUGUGUGAUAAAGACAAGCGUUAUGUGAAUAUUUAUCUGCAUUUUCAACCUUUUGCCUUAGUUUAAAGCAUUCCAUGUUACAAUUCUUCACUGGUGGUAGUUUAUUUUGGAUGUUCGUUUUGUGGAAUAUGAAAUGAGAUUUGGGAAGUUGUAUGAACAUCUGAGACUUAAAGCCUUGGCAAUAUCAAGCUCUCUAAAAGCACUGGAGCAAAUUUUGCUUUGGGAAAAAAACAGUUUGAUGAAGAAAAAAUCUGAUUGGACCUUACUGAUUACAUCAUUACCAAUGACCUAUAUAGCAAGACAUAUCUAGACGCCUACCUUUGUUCCUUGCUUGUUACUGUCUUUAACCACUCACAGAAAUGAUCAGUCUUUCUCUAAUCUUUGUACUUGCUUUGUAUAAUAGACUUAUGCAUCUUGGACUGUAGGAUGAAACUAUGUUGUCAGUAGAACUUGUUCUUAUCACGUUUGAGUAGAGAGUACAUUAGGAUAUGCAUACGGUAGUCCUGCACAUAUUGUUUUGUAAACACUAAUAUAUUUAAUUUGUUAUACAGCACAUGAACAUUAAACUCUAUUUUUUUGACAA